AUGAACUCCAACUGGGCCGACCCGACCAAGAUCAUCUACACCGGGCGCGCGAGUGACUUUGCGUGCGAGUUCAGCGGUAAGGCCAACAACGGGCGCUACCUGUCCUUCACCUUUGACUCGAGGGGCUUCCAGCGCCUCGUGCUCAGCCUCGAAUUCAGGGCGAGGACCAACGGCUUCACCACGUUCGACGUGCAGACCUCGACGGACGGCACCAACUUCGUCUCCCGCUUCAUCUACACCGCGGCGACGCCGAACUCCUACGAAGGGGUCACCGUCGAUCUCAGGGGCCGCAGCGAGCUCGACAACGUGGCCAACGCGCAGGUGCGGCUGGUCUUCGACGGCGCCAUCACCAGCACCGGCCAGUCGCGAAUCGACAACGUUGCGUUCGGCGGCGAGCCCCUCCCGUCGCCGUCGCCCACGUCGUCGCCCUCCUCGUCGGUCUCGCCGUCCAGCACGUCGUCGCCUUCCAACACUCCGUCGCCAUCCAAUACGCCGUCGCCGUCCAACACGCCGUCGCCAUCGAACACGCCAUCGCCGUCCAGCACGCCGUCGCCCUCCUCAACACAGUCGCCGAGCAACGCCAUCGCCGUCCAAUACGCCAUCGCCCUCGUCCACGAAUUCGCCCACGCCAUCGCCGUCCAACACGCCCUCGCCGUCCAACACACCGUCACCGUCCAACACGCCCUCGCCGUCCAACACGCCGUCGCCAUCGAACACGCCGUCGCCUUCCAACACGCCGUCGCCUUCGUCCACGAAUUCGCCCACCUCAUCGCCGUCCAACACGCCGUCGCCGUCCAACACGCCAUCGCCUCCAACACGCCGUCGCCGUCCAAUACGCCGUCGCCGUCCAACACGCCGUCGCCCUCUAACUCGGCUACGCCGUCGCCGUCCAACACGCCAUCGCCGUCCAACACGCCGUCGCCGUCCAACACGCCGUCGCCGUCCAACACGCCGUCGCCGUCCCAGACGCCGUCGCCUUCGUCCACGAAUUCGCCCACGCCAUCGCCGUCCAACACGCCGUCGCCGUCCAACACGCCGUCGCCUUCUAACACACCGUCGCCGUCCAUCACCCCGUCACCAUCGAACACGCCGUCGCCGUCCCAGACGCCGUCGCCUUCGUCCACGAAUUCGCCCACGCCAUCGCCGUCCAACACGCCCUCGCCCUCUAACUCGGCUACGCCGUCGCCAUCCAAUACGCCGUCGGUCACCCCCUCACCGUCGUCCACCCCCUCGCCGUCGUCCACGCCCAGCGCGUCGCCGUCGCCGGUGGUCAGCAUUGCGCGAUGGGCCUACGCGGAGGGCACGGCGGUCAACGCCGGCCCCAUACCCCUCCCGCUCGCCGCCACGGUGGGCUCGGGCAACAUGAACACCAACUGGGCCGACCCGACCAAGAUCAUCUACACCGGGCGCGCCAGUGACUUUGCGUGCGAGUUCAGCGGUCGGGCCAACAACGGGCGCUACCUGUCCUUCACCUUUGACUCGAGGGGCUAUCAGCGCCUCGUGCUCAGCCUCGAAUUCAGGGCGAGGACCAACGGCUUCACCACGUUCGACGUGCAGACCUCGACGGACGGCACCAACUUCGUCUCCCGCUUUACCUACACCGCGGCGACGCCGAACUCCUACGAAGGGGUCACCGUCGAUCUCAGGGGCCGCAGCGAGCUCGAUAACGUGGCCAACGCGCAGGUGCGGCUGGUCUUCGACGGCGCCAUCACCAGCACCGGCCAGUCGCGGAUCGACAACGUUGCGUUCGGCGGCGAGCCCCUCCCGUCGCCGUCGCCCACGUCGUCGCCCUCCUCGUCGGUCUCGCCGUCCAGCACGCCGUCGCCGUCCAACACGCCCUCGCCAUCGAACACGCCGUCGCCGUCCAACACGCCGUCGCCAUCCAACUCGCCAUCGCCGUCGCCGUCCAACACUCCGUCGCCAUCGAACACGCCAUCGCCGUCCAGCACGCCGUCGCCCUCCUCAACACAGUCGCCGAGCAGUACGCCGUCGCCCACGCAGUCGCCAUCUAACACGCCAUCGCCGUCUAACACGCCGUCGCCGUCUAAUACGCCGUCGCCGUCCAAUACGCCAUCGCCGUCCAGCACGCCGUCGCCUUCGUCCACGAAUUCGCCCACGCCAUCGCCCUCCAACACGCCGUCGCCUUCUAACACGCCGUCGCCGUCCAAUACGCCGUCGCCCUCCAACACGCCAUCGCCGUCCAACACGCAAUCGCCGUCCAACACGCCGUCGCCGUCCAACACGCCGUCGCCCACGCCGUCGCCUUCGUCCACGAAUUCGAAUACGCCGUCGCCGUCUAACACGCCAUCGCCCUCCAACACGCCGUCGCCGUCGAACACGCCUUUUUUCGUCCAACACGCCGUCGCCUUCGAACACGCCAUCGCCGUCCAACACGCCGUCGCCUUCGUCCACAAAUUCACCCACGCCGUCGCCCUCCAACACGGCAUCGCCGUCCAACACGCCGUCACCAUCGAACACGCCGUCGCCGUCCCAGACGCCGUCGCCUUCGUCCACGAAUUCGCCCACGCCAUCGCCGUCCAACACGCCGUCGCCCUCCAACACGCCGUCACCUCUAACACGCCAUCGCCGUCCAACACGCCGUCGCCGUCCACCACGCCCUCACCGUCGAACACGCCGUCGCCAUCCCAGACGCCGUCGCCGUCGUCCACAAAUUCGCCCACGCCGUCGCCGUCCAACACGCCGUCGCCGUCCAACACGCCGUCGCCAUCGAACACGCCGUCGCCCUCCCAGACGUCGUCGCCUUCGUCCACGAAUUCGCCCACGCCGUCGCCUUCCAGCACGCCGUCGCCUUCCAACACGCCGUCGCCCUCCAACACGCCGUCGCCCUACGCCUCGCCCUCCAACACGCCGUCGCCAUCGAACACGCCGUCGCCGUCCAACACGCCGUCGCCAUCGAACACGCCGUCGCCCUCUAACUCGGCUACGCCGUCGCCGUCCAACACGCCGUCGCCGUCCAACACGCCGUCGCCGUCCAACACGCCCGCGUCGCCGUCGCCGGUGGUCGGCAUUGCCCGAUGGACCUAUGCGGAGGGCGCGGCUGUCAACGCCGCCCCCAUACCCCUCCCGCUCGCCGCCACGGUGGGCUCGGGCAACAUGAACUCCAACUGGGCCGACCCGACCAAGAUCAUCUACACCGGGCGCGCCAGUGACUUUGCGUGCGAGUUCAGCGGUCGGGCCAGCAACGGGCGCUACCUGUCCUUCACCUUUGACUCGAGGGGCUUCCAGCGUCUCGUGCUCAGCCUCGAAUUCAGGGCGAGGACCAACGGCUUCACCACGUUCGACGUGCAGACCUCGACAGACGGCACCAACUUCGCCUCCCGCUUCACCUACACCGCGGCUACGCCGAACUCCUACGAAGGGGUCACCGUCGAUCUCAGGGGCCGCAGCGAGCUCGACAACGUGGCCAACGCGCAGGUGCGGCUGGUCUUCGACGGCGCCACCACCAGCACCGGCCAGUCGCGGAUCGACAACGUCGUGUUCGGCGGCGAGCCCCUCCCGUCGCCGUCGCCCACGUCGUCGCCCUCCUCGUCGGUCUCGCCGUCCAGCACGCCGUCGCCGUCCAACUCUCCGUCGCCAUCGAACACGCCGUCGCCGUCCAACACCGCGUCGCCGUCUAACUCGCCCAUGCCGUCGCCGUCCAACACCGCGUCGCCGUCCAACACGCCAUCACCGUCCAGCACGCCGUCGCCCUCCUCAACACAGUCGCCGAGCAGUACGCCGUCGCCCACGCAGUCGCCAUCCAACUCGCCAUCGCCCUCGAAUACGCCGUCGCCGUCCAACACGCCAUCACCGUCCAAUACGCCGUCACCAUCAAACACGCCGUCGCCCACACAGACGCCGUCGCCUUCGUCCACUAAUUCGCCCACGCCAUCGCCUUCCAACACGCCGUCGCCGUCCAACACGCCGUCGCCCUCCAGCACGCCGUCGCCAUCGAACACGCCGUCGCCAUCCAAUACGCCCUCGCCAUCGAACACGCCGUCGCCGUCCAAUACGCCGUCGCCGUCUAACACGCCGUCGCCAUCGAACACGCCGUCGCCGUCCAACACGCCAUCGCCGUCCACCACGCCGUCGCCAUCGCCUUCCAACACACCGUCGCCGUCGAACACGCCCACGCCGUCGCCGUCCAACACGCCGUCGCCGUCCAACACGCCGUCGCCGUCCAACUCGCCGUCGCCUUCCAACACGCCCUCGCCUUCAUCCACGAAUUCGCCCACGCCAUCGCCCUCCAACACGCCCUCGCCGUCCAGCACGCCGUCACCAUCGAACACGCCGUCACCAUCCAACACGCCGUCACCAUCGAACACGCCAUCGCCGUCCCAGACGCCGUCGCCUUCGUCCACAAAUUCACCCACGCCGUCGCCGUCCAACACGCCGUCACCAUCGAACACGCCGUCGCCGUCCAACACGCCGUCGCCGUCCAACACGCCGUCGCCGUCCAACACGCCGUCGCCUUCGUCCACGCAUUCGCCCACGUCAUCGCCGUCCAACACGCCGUCGCCGUCCAACACGCCGUCACCAUCGAACACGCCGUCACCGUCCAACACGCCGUCGCCUUCGUCCACGAAUUCGCCCACGCCAUCGCCGUCCAACACGCCGUCACCGUCCAACACGCCGUCGCCGUCCAACACGCCAUCGCCGUCCAACACGCCCACGCCAUCGCCAUCGAACACGCCGUCGCCGUCCAACACACCAUCACCUUCGUCCACGAAUUCGCCCACGGCGUCGCCCUCCAACACGCCCUCGCCAUCGAACACGCCCUCGCCCUCCAGCACGCAGUCGCCUUCGAACACGCCGUCGCCGUCUAACACGCCGUCGCCUUCGUCCACGAGUUCGCCCACGCCGUCGUCGUCCAACACUCCCACGCCCUCGCCCUCGGCUUCCCAUUCGCCCUCCAGCUCGCCCUCGCCCUCGGCCCCGAACACGCCCUCGCCCACGCCCUCGCCCUCGCCCGCCGCUCCCGUCACGCACUCGGCCUUCUGGAGCAGCAGCAUGGCGCGCAACGUGGCGCCCUUCAACCAGUUCACCCUGACCGACGCGAUGGCUAUGACCGUGUCCGUUGCGGCGAGUGACUUCGCCCGCACGGUCAACAUCGAGAUCGGACCGCUCAGCGUGCUCCUCGCGCAGUACAACACGACCGUCACCACCACGUCGGGCACCGUCACCCUCGCCUCCACCACCGCCGACAACUGGGUCACCGUCGCCGUCGACCCGCUCCCGGCCAACACGCGCGUCAACAUCACCGUGUUCGUCACCACCCCCUCGUCCGCGAGCGGCUCCGACCUGGCCACCUACCUGUGCGGCACGAUGGUCGACGUCUACUACCCGCACGUCAGCGUCUCGUCGCUGACCAGCAGCGGCACCUACAGCCUCGACCGCGCCCGCGUGGCCUCGGGCAACUUCGUCAACUACUACGCGGCCUGCUCCGGCCGCACGGAUCGGACGAGCACGGAAAAGAGCGCCGCGCUGCUCAGCCAGUCCGCCGUGGUCAACUCGGCCCGCGCAGCCAGCUCCUUGCUCGAAGCCGCCGACCUCCGCAGCGCGGCGGUGUCCUCGCCCGCCGACAUGCUCACCGCCAUCGCCUUCACCGGCGCCUACGAGCACAGCCUCGGCAACACGUGGCCGGCCGACACCGCCGCCACGACCGCGCUCAAGAACUUCAUCGUCGCAUCCGAGUUCUACGACGUGGCGACCUACCCGUGCCCCGUCAUCCAGUCGUUCUGGGUCUACCGCUCGGCCGGCGCGGUGGACCGCGAGACCUUUGAGUUGGCGGCGUCGGCCGCGCUGGUGGCCGAGAACACGGCCUUCAACAUGUGGGUCGGCGGACUGGUCGGCACGGCCAACACCAACAUGAUCAGUAGUAUCGUGGGCUACCACUUUGGCAUGGCCAUCAUGCUGGCCAACGAUUGCUCAACAUAG